AUGAAAUCAGUUAUGGUACUCUCCGCGUUCGCCAGCGCUGCUGUCGCUCAGAACUGUUUAGCGGUCGCACUCACAGCCAUUCCGGGGUGUGCUCAAAGUUGUAUCCUGAACGGAGCGCCAUCAAUUGGUUGUAGUGGAACGGACUUUGCCUGCCAGUGCGACAAGGAAGCUGCCCUCUACGCAGCGAUUGAGGGCUGUGUGAGCUCCGCAUGCCCCGAACCGAGUUAUCAAGCUGUUAUCGAUGGCGCCUCAUCGGUCUGCAACUGUGCGACUGGUGUCGUUAUCGCCACUACGACAGAUGCACAAGGAGCUACGAUGACUGCAACGACCACGUCGACGUCGGCUGGUAAUACGGUCAUUACGUAUCCCACACAGACCUCUGGGCCCGGAGUGACCACGGGUGCAACCACCGGAGCUAGCGGCGCAACCGGAGGAGUAACGGGAACAGCUGGUGGCACUGGUGUCGGUGUAAGUAGCACAUCUGUCAGCGGAUCUUCCAGAACAGCAACCGGUACAGUGGUUCCGGUCGUAACCGCUGGGGCAUCGACGCAUAGUGUCGGUAUGGUGGGCUUGAUGGCCGCUGCUAUUGUCGUUGCAGCUAUGUGA